AUGACAUCGUAAUCCAUGUCGACAGGUGAACAACAUUUUGGUAGCGAAACAAUUAAUUCCAAGUGUAUACCCUAACAAAUAAUCAGUUCACCCGAACGAGCGAUUGAUUCAGUCAUUUGCAAUUGAACUAGUCAGUUUGUACACAGCCGAGAUAUCGAUUUACUUUGAAGAGGAAAAGCGACCCCCGAUUUCGACCCCCGCAAUUUCCAGCGCCGUGGGAGAAAAUUGGCAUAGUAGUAGUAACGAUUAGUCCUUCAAGAAUUACGCUCCAGUCGGGUAACAUCAAGGUUCAGGAAAAAUCAAAUCACUGCACGAAAAGCCAAACGAGGAACUCGUAACGCAAAACGGGACUUAGAGCGAGUGAAAGUGCAAAUCGUUGAAAAAAUUCCCUAACCACAGCCUCCUCCAGCCAUAGCCAGCUCAGCCCCAAAGCGACCACCAGCACCGCCAAUACCAGCACCCACACCAACGCAAGUGAAAAGUGCACGCCGCCAACCGCGUCGACUUCGACAAAACAAAACUAUCAGCAGCAGGUAAAGCAGCUAAAGCAGCAAAAGCAGCACCAUGGCUUUCGCCGGACUGAAGAAACAAAUCAACAAAGCCAAUCAGUAUAUGACAGAGAAGAUGGGCGGUGCAGAGGGCACCAAACUGGACAUGGACUUUAUGGAGAUGGAACGCAAGACGGAUGUGACUGUGGAGCUUGUGGAAGAGCUGCAGUUAAAAACUAAAGAGUUCCUGCAGCCAAAUCCAACGGCGCGCGCCAAGAUGGCCGCCGUCAAGGGCAUCUCGAAGUUGUCGGGCCAAGCCAAAUCGAAUACGUAUCCACAGCCCGAGGGCCUGUUGGCCGAGUGCAUGCUGAUGUACGGGAAGAAGCUCGGCGAGGACAACAGCGUGUUCGCGCAGGCGCUCGUCGAAUUCGGCGAGGCUUUGAAGCAGAUGGCCGACGUCAAGUAUUCGCUGGACGACAACAUCAAGCAGAACUUCCUGGAGCCACUGCAUCAUAUGCAGAUGAAAGACCUCAAAGAGGUUAUGCACCAUCGAAAAAAAUUGCAGGGGCGGCGGCUCGACUUCGAUUGCAAGCGUCGCCGGCAGGCAAAAGAUGAUGAAAUUCGUGGUGCCGAGGAUAAGUUUGCCGAAUCAUUACAAUUGGCACAGGUGGGCAUGUUCAAUCUGUUAGAAAACGACACGGAGCAUGUCUCGCAGCUCGUUACCUUUGCUGAGGCACUUUACGAUUUUCACUCUCAAUGCGCUGAUGUUUUGCGUGGCCUGCAGGAGACGCUGCAGGAGAAGCGGGCCGAGGCAGAGAGCCGACCACGCAACGAGUUUGUGCCCAAGACGCUGCUCGAUCUGAACUUGGACGGCGGUGGCGGCGGCCUCAACGAGGACGGUACGCCGUCGCACAUUAGCUCGAGCGCCUCGCCGUUGCCCUCGCCGAUGCGCUCACCCGCCAAGUCAAUGGCCGUAACGCCACAGCGUCAGCAGCAGCCAUGCUGCCAGGCACUCUAUGAUUUCGAGCCCGAAAAUCCGGGCGAGUUAGGCUUUAAGGAGAACGACAUCAUUACUCUUCUAAAUCGUGUUGAUGACAACUGGUAUGAGGGUUCUGUUAAUGGCCGCACCGGCUACUUCCCGCAGUCUUAUGUUCAGGUUCAGGUGCCGCUGCCUAAUGGCAACUAGGUGGUUAUGGUCGAGGCAUGAGCAAAACAAUAAUGUUGGUUUCGUCGCAGUUGGAGCUGAAGCUGGUAGUUGGUUAGAUACAAAUUCGGAUACAAAUACACAGAUACGUUUACAGCUUAGUUAGAAGUGCACGUUCAUGUGGCCAUAAAAAGCAACAAAAUUGAAAAAGAAAAAAGAAAGUUUACAAAUUAAUGUGAAAUUACUACUAGUUGGAAAAACAAUAAUUAACAAAUUAAUUAAAAUUAAAUGGAAGUAAUUAUGUAUAACUAA